GCCGGCCCCGCUUAUGGUAAACGGCCCCACUCGCUUGCCCGAUGGCAAAGAAAGGCAAAGCCAGGCAAACAAGGGCAAACAGAGAGGCAUCGUGGCUUUCACAUGAAGACCAUCUGGCUGUGUGUCAGGUCCUCAUUGUGCGCGUCGCUGGUGUGGCUUGCCUGAGAUCUCUACGUGCAUCAGGUGUGCCGUCACACACACCGCACACACACACACACACACACACAUCCAUGCACACAGCACCCUCCCUCGCUGUCCUUGUCUGUCUGUGUGUGGGUGGCUGGUCAGUCACGCGAUCGAUCUCUGCAGCGUCGCAUCGCCUGAAGCAGCCGCCGGCAGCGCCUGCAGUGGCCGCCGGCGGAGAGCUUGAGAUGCCUAUUCUGCCGCGGGUCCUAGUGAAGGUCUACUACAGAGGCACGCAGCAGACCGGCAACCCCGUCUUAGAGUUUGACAUGCCGCUGCGCGACGACACCUCAUUUGAGGACCUGAGGGGGGUGGCCCUGCAAAAGCUGGUGCACUGCUACGACCAAGCCGGAGAUCAGAAGCCGCCAGCUGUUUACCAAAUCGUGUAUCCCAGAGGCGAAGACGAAGAGCCUUUCCUCCUUUCCGACCCUGUCAAGUGCGUAUGCUUGAAGACGCCACACCACACAUGCACAUGUGUCACAAUGUGUGCUUUCUAUUGCGCUCCUCCUUCUGUCUAUCAGACGUGUGCAUCGGAAGAAGAUCGACGCGAAAGAGCCCAUCGUGCUCGUCAUGAUCGCACCCGCACCGUCAAGUGAGUCAGACAGGGACCAAAAGACAAAUGCUUGCGUCAUUUGCUGUUUACGGUGCUUGUUUUUGGGUUGCUGUACUAGGACGGAAGAGACCGACGAACAGCCAACCGCACUCAACUCAGCCAGCCAGCGCAAAUCCGACAACCCAUUCGAAUCGAGGCGUCUCUAUGAGGAGCAGCGGCCAUGGAUCACGCUUUGUCUCAUCCGCCUCUGCGGAAUUACUGGAGCCACUUCUCGAUACGACGUGA